CACGGCUGCGCUCCCCAUUUUAUGACUGAAUAUAAGCUCCAGGCAAUAAGUCCAGCAGCUAUUUCAAACAAUCGUUAGUUAAGGAAAUAUCGGGUUCAGAAGGCCGGAUCCCUUGUGGAAUCAAGUCAGGAAAGUACCAGGAAUGGGCAACAGUCAAUGGGCCUAAUUCUUCAGGGCCGACAAUUCUAUUCUAUUCUAUAAAAUCUCAACUGCCUAUUCUUGAAUUUACUUUUCCCUUUUGCCCAAUGGUAAUUGAAUGUAGCCAGUUAAGUGCCUUCAGAUGCACCUGUAAAUGAAUGAUAGAUUGCUCCCGGCCCGAGUCUUAUCGAGUUCAAAUCAUGUAUUAGUAAAAAACAGGUUUUUAUCAUCAAAGUAAAAUUUUCCGUCGGAAAAUACCGCAGAUAAACUGUCGUACACUUUACAUUUAUUUUCUUAAAAUUGUGUAUGUACAAAUGCUUGAAGACCCUUAGAAUUCGAAUAAAGUUAUUUAAAAUCAUUAAAAUUACAGCGAGGAUAUCAUGAAAUAAUACAUUUACUUUUCUUCAUGCCUGAUGAGGGAAGUUCAUCAACCGGGAACUAGUUUGUGCGUGCGGUGCUAUAGGUAGUUGUGCGGUCGAGCAGGAACAACACACUCAAAGGGGUGGCAGAGGACAGUGUUGAACUAAACGGUGUCGAGUGAGGUGUGUGUGCCAGUGAUUCGUGCUGUCGAUGCAAUAUUUUGGAUUCUGGGAAGUUAUUUUACUUCCUGUUCAUCGGUGAUUCGAAUUUUUAAAAAGAGCAUCUAUCGAGAGGCGGCUGAGGCACCGCCAAGAUGACCACGGACAUUUGUAUAGGCGAGCGCUGGGAGCCGCUCAAGCAGGACGAGCUCAUUGAGGAGUACGAUGGCGGCAACUCUUCCUCCAGACUCUUCGAGAGGAGCAGGAUUAAGGCGCUGGCAGAUGAGCGAGAGAGCGUGCAGAAGAAGACCUUCAUGAAGUGGGUGAACUCUCACCUCAUCAGAGUGAACUCGAGGAUAGGCGACCUCUACAUCGACUUACGUGACGGCAAGCAGCUCAUCAAGCUCCUCGAGAUACUCUCCGGCGAGAGGCUGCCUCGCCCCACGAAAGGCAACAUGCGCAUCCACUGUUUGGAGAACGUGGACAAGGCGCUACAGUUCCUGCGGGACCAGCGCGUGCACUUGGAGAACAUGGGAUCCCACGACAUCGUGGACGGCAACGCCUGCCUCACACUUGGUCUCAUCUGGACCAUUAUUUUACGCUUCCAAAUUCAGGACAUCACCAUUGAGGAGAGCGAGAACAAGGAGACCAAGAGUGCGAAAGACGCGCUGCUUCUCUGGUGUCAGAUGAAGACUGCUGGCUACCACAAUGUCAAUAUCAGGAACUUUACUACGUCCUGGAGAGAUGGUCUUGCUUUCAAUGCUAUCAUUCACAAACACCGGCCUGAUCUCAUCAAUUACGAGAAACUGACUCGUUCAAACGCCAUGGGUAACCUCAACAACGCCUUCAAUGUGGCAGAGUCUAAGCUAGGCAUCACCAAACUUCUCGAUGCUGAGGAUGUUUUCGUGGAGCUUCCAGAUGAAAAGUCCAUCAUCACGUACGUCGUUACUUUCUAUCACUACUUCUCCAAGAUGAAGCAGGAGACUGUACAAGGCAAGCGUAUCGGCAAGGUUGUUGGUAUUGCCAUGGAGAAUGACCGCAUGAUCCACGAAUACGAAACUCUGACUUCUGAGCUCCUGAAAUGGAUCGAAAUGACCAUCGAGUCUUUGAACGACCGCCAGUUCAUCAACUCAUUAGUUGGUGUUCAACAGCAGUUGGGUCAGUUCAACGCCUACCGAACAAUCGAAAAGCCUCCUAAAUUUGUUGAGAAGGGCAACUUGGAAAUACUUCUCUUCACUCUGCAGUCGCACAUGCGUGCCAACAACCAGCGCCCGUACCUCCCUCAAGAAGGCCGUCUCAUCAGUGACAUCAACAAGGCCUGGGAGUUGCUGGAGAAGGCCGAGCAUGGCCGUGAGUUGGCUUUGAGGGAAGAACUUAUUCGUCAGGAAAAACUAGAGCAACUUGCCGCCAGGUUUGAUCGCAAGGCUGGCAUGAGAGAAACCUGGCUCUCUGAAAACCAACGCCUUGUAUCACAGGACAACUUCGGUUUUGAUUUGGCUGCUGUCGAAGCUGCUGCCAAGAAACACGAGGCUAUUGAGACAGACAUCUUCGCUUAUGAAGAACGCGUCCAAGCUGUUGUUGGUGUUGCCAAGGAACUUGAGGCUGAGAACUACCAUGAUGUCGCUCGCAUCAACGCAAGGCGUGACAACGUUCUGCGUUUGUGGAAUUAUCUUCUGGAACUGCUGCGACUGCGUCGCAUGCGACUGGAACUUUCUCUGCAACUGCAGCAGAACUUCCAAGAGAUGCUCUACAUCUUGGACAGCAUGGAGGAAAUGAAGUCUCGCUUGUUGAGCGAAGACUACGGCAAACAUCUGAUGGGUGUGCAAGACUUGCUUCAGAAACACUCGCUGUUGGAAGCCGACAUCAAUGUUCUGGGUGAACGUGUGAAGACAGUGAUGGAGCACAGCCAGCGCUUCCUGGACAUAGGCGACGUUGCUGAUGGCGAAGAACCGCCCUAUAGAGCUUGUGAACCUCAACUGGUUCUUGAACGAGUGCAGCAGCUCGAGGAUGCGUAUGCUGAACUCGUCAAGCUCGCUGUUGAACGUCGAGCUCGUUUGGAAGAGUCGCGUCAGCUGUGGCAGUUCUACUGGGACAUGGCUGAAGAAGAGAAUUACAUCAAGGAGAAGGAGAACAUUCUUUCGUCGCCCGAUAUUGGCCACGAUCUUAAUACGGUCAACAUGCUGCAAACCAAGCAGAAGACCAUCAAUGAAGAACUCAAAUCGCACGAGGUGCAGCUGAAGGCUGUUAUUGAUAGCGGCGAGGCUCUCAUAAAAUCGGGCCACUUUGGGUCCAGCAAUAUCCGUGAACGCAUUGAAGAAAUCCAGACGAUGUGGAAACAUCUAUGUGAGAAAUCAGAGGCCAGACAGAACCGUCUUGCUGAUGGUGUUGCUCUCCAUCUAUUCUUGUCAGAAGCCGACGACGUUGAUACCUGGAUGUUAGACGUACUGCGUCUAGUCAGCAGCGAAGACGUUGGUAGUGAUGAAUCCACAGUCCAGUCAUUGCUGAAGAAACAUAAGAACGUCACGGAUGAAGUCAAGGACUAUGCCAUGAACAUUGAGGCUCUUCACCAACAGGCUGCUAAGUUGCAUGACGAUGACCAAUCUAGUCCCGUGGUAGUGGACAGGCUCGCUUCCAUUGACCGCCGCUACCAAGAACUCCUCGAGCUGGCGAGAGACCGGAAACAGCGUCUGCUCGAUGCUCUAUCGCUGUAUAAACUUGCCACCGAAGCUGCUGGUGUUGAGCAAUGGGUGGGCGAGAAGGAGCGCAUGUUAGAAACUAUGGUUCCUGCACGCGAUAUCGAGGACUGCGAGGUCAUGAAGCACAGAUACCAAGGCUUCGACCAGGAAAUGAACGCAAAUGCCGGCAGAGUGGCGGUCGUAAACCAACUCGCUCGUCAACUGCUUCAUGUGGAUCAUCCGAACAGGGAAGAUAUCAUACAGACUCAGAAUCAGCUCAACCAAAAGUGGGCGGCACUGCGCGACAAGGCUGAGAACAAAAGAGAAGAGCUCAACUCGGCUCAUGGUGUGCAGACCUUCCACAUUGAGUGCCGCGAGACAGUGCUAUGGAUCGAGGACAAGAAACGCGUCCUGCUUGAGACUGCAGAUCUUGGCACUGAUCUCAGUGGCAUCAUGACCCUGCAGAGACGAUUGUCUGGCAUGGAACGCGACCUUGCCGCUAUCCAAGCCAAGCUUGAUGCCCUUGAACGUGAAGCUGACAAGAUUAGUUCAGAACAUCCCGAGGAGGCUGAACUUAUUCGCCAACGCAUCACUCAGAUCAGAGAGGUCUGGGAUCAGCUCACUCAGCUCCUCAAGGAGCGCGAUGCCAAGCUCGAGGAAGCUGGUGAUCUUCACCGCUUCUUGCGUGACUUGGACCACUUCCAGGCAUGGCUGACCAAGACCAUGACCGACGUAGCCUCUGAGGACAUUCCAUCAAAUCUCGCCGAGGCUGAGAAGCUACUUAACCAGCACCAGAGCAUCAAGGAAGAGAUUGAUAACUACCGAGAUGACUACACUAAGAUGAUGGUUUAUGGUGAGCGUAUCACUGCUGAAGAUGUCACUCCUGCUGACGACGCUCAAUACAUGUUCUUGCGAGAGCGACUCAAGGCUCUUAAGGAUGGAUGGGCUGAGCUUCAUCAAAUGUGGGAGAACCGUCAACUGCUCCUCUCAGACUCCCUCAACUUGCAGAUGUUCAAUCGUGACGCCAAGCAAGGCGAGGUUGUUCUCAAUCAACAGGAACAUUACCUCAGCAAAGACGAAACUCCUGCCAAUCUUGAACAGGCUGAGAACCUCAUCAAACGUCACGAAGCUUUCCUCACGACAAUGGAAGCAAACGACGAGAAGCUCAAUGCCAUUUGUCAGUUUGGAGACAAGCUUGUCAAAGACAACCACUUUGCCGCCGACAAAGUCCAGAAGAAGGCUGAAAAUAUUGAUGAGCGGCGAGCCGCUAAUCGCGAGCAUGCCAUGCAGCUUAUGGAUCGUCUCCGUGACCAGUUGCAAGUUCAUCAAUUCCUGCAGGAUUGUGAGGAGCUCAACGAUUGGGUUCAGGAGAAACACAUCAUUGCUCAGGAUGAAAGUUAUCGGUCCGCUAAGACGGUCCACAGCAAGUGGACCCGCCACCAAGCCUUUGAAGCUGAAAUUGCUAGCAACAAGGACAGAUUAUUGAGAGUCCAGCACGCUGGCCUUGAGCUUCUGAAAGAAAAGCCUGAGAUGGCUGAGCUUAUUGGACCGAAGAUCGACGAACUUUCCCAACAUUUCGAAGCUCUCGAAACGACUACGAAAGAAAAGGGUGAGAGGCUCUUUGAUGCCAAUAGAAAGGUUCUCUACGAACAGAGUUGUGAUGAUAUUGACUCCUGGAUGUCAGAUCUGGAGAAACAAAUUGAGAAAGAUACAGGUGGUGAUCUUACUUCAGUUAAUAUUUUGAUGCAGCGGCAACAGAUGAUUGAGACACAGAUGGCUGUUAAGGCUAAGCAGGUGGAACAACUAGAAGGACAGGCUGAAUACCUGCAGCAGAUGACACCAGAAAAGGCCGAUGAAAUUAAACAGAUGAAAUCCAAAGUUGAACAAAAAUUCGAAUCACUCAAAGGUCCUCUGUUGGACCGACAGAAAGAACUUGCCAAGAAAAAGGAAGCUUUCCAGUUUGCUCGCGAUAUCGAGGAUGAGAAGCUAUGGAUUGCCGAAAAGAUGCCUUUGGCGACCAGCACCGACUAUGGCAACUCGCUCUUCACUGUACACACCCUCAACAAGAAGCUGCAAUCUCUCAGCACCGAAGUCGAUAACCACGAACCUCGAAUCGACCUUGUGUGUUCCAACGGUCAGAAACUCAUCGAUGAAGGUCAUGUUGACUCUGAUGAAUUCAGAAGAUUGCUUGGAGAACUGCAAGAAGCCUGGGCUACACUCAAAGAAGCCAUUGACCACCGACGCCAGAAACUUCUCGUGUCCGAGAAGGCUCAACAAUAUCUGUUUGAUGCUGGCGAGGCGGAGGUAUGGAUGAGCGAACAGGAGCUUUACAUGAUGGUUGAGGACCGCGGCAAAGAUGAGAUCAGUGCACAGAAUCUCAUGAAGAAGCACCAGGGACUCGAAGCUGCUGUUGACGACUACGCCGAGACCAUUCGACAGCUUGGAGAAACUGCGCGUCAUCUCAUCAAUGAGGGGCAUCCUGAAAGUGAGCAGAUCAGCAUCCGGCAGUCACAGAUCGACAAACUGUAUGCCGGUCUGCGCGACCUGUCCGUUGAGCGGCGCAGUCGUCUGGAUGAAGCGCUCAAGCUCUUCAUGCUCAACCGCGAGGUGGACGACCUGGAGCAAUGGAUCGCUGAGAGGGAAGUCGUCGCUGGCUCCCAUGAACUUGGUCAAGAUUAUGAUCACGUCAUGAUGCUUCGCGAGCGUUUCCGAGAGUUCGCCCGCGCGACAGAGGCGACGGGCGUGGAGCGCGUGGCUGCCGUCAACGAGAUCGCCGACCAGCUCAUCAGUGCCGGCCACAGCGACGCUGCCACCAUCGCCCACUGGAAGGACGUCCUCAACGAGUCCUGGGCCGACCUCCUCGAACUCAUUGACACUCGGACCCAAAUGCUGUCUGCUUCCUGGGAACUGCACAAGUUCUUCCACGACUGCAAGGACGUUUUGUCGCGCAUCCUCGAGAAGCAGAACAGCAUCAGCGACGAGCUGGGACGUGACGCUGGUUCUGUCUCCGCCCUGCAGCGCAAGCAUCAGAACUUCGUGCAAGACCUCGUCAUGCUUCACACGCAAGUGCAGCAAAUCCAGGAGGACUCCGGCAAACUGCAGGCGGCGUAUGCAGGGGACAAAGCGCGCGAGAUCACGAGCAGAGAAGCGGAGGUCGUGUCGGCAUGGCUCGGCCUGCAGGGAAUGUGUGAAGAAAGGCGCGUCAAACUCAACGACACUGGCGACCUCUUCAAGUUCUUCUGCCUCGUGCGCACGCUCAUGUUGUGGAUGGACGAUGUCGUUCGUCAGAUGAACACUACCGAGAAGGCCAGGGACGUGAGCGGCGUGGAGUUGCUGAUGAACAACCACCAGUCGUUGAAGGCUGAAAUUGACGCCCGCGAGGACAACUUCUCGGCGUGUGUACUGCUGGGCAAAGAACUGCUCUCUCGCAACCAUUAUGCAUCGCCCGCCAUCAAAGAGAAGCUAAUGUCCCUCAGCAACGGCCGCAACAAUAUGCUGCAGCGCUGGGAGCAGCGAUGGGAGCAUCUGCAACUCAUUCUGGAGGUGUACCAGUUUGCGCGAGAUGCUUCAGUUGCCGAGCAAUGGCUCCUUGCUCAGGAACCUUAUCUCAACUCUGCCGACUUGGGGGCUUCCAUAGACCAAGUGGAAAACCUGAUCAAGCGGCACGAAGCUUUUGACAAGGCCUGCUGCUCACAGGAGGAGCGUUUUGCUGCCCUCGAACGCCUCACUACCUUCGAGCUCAAGGAACUGAAGAGGCGGCAAGAGGAGGCUGAGGCCGAGCGCCUAAGACGAGAGGAAGAGGCGCGGCAGGCGGAGGCGCAACUGCAGCAGCAGCAGCAACAGAUGCGCCAGAGUCCUAUGGACACCACCGAUCGAGGGGAAGGUGGCGACGACUCAUUCGCGAGUGGAGACAAACAUUCGGAUACUCAAGAAGAGCAUGGUUCUGCACCACCAUCUUCUGCGCCGUCCACCACCACCACGCCUACCAAACCUCCUGGUGGUGGUGGUGGUAAAAAUGAUGUAUCGUCAUCACCUUCAGCGUCACCUGCACCACGUCUCGUCGCAUCACCUGGUAAGAGCAGUACCACCCCAAGGGGUGCUAAGGUCCAACGCUCGCGCUCCAAGUCCCCCUUCCGCUCCUUCCGCUGGAAGAAAGGAGCUAAGGCCACGACCUCACCCAGUGUUGCGUCCCUCCACAGCAACGCGUCCGAGGAUGACGACAGGCUUACAGAGCGGAUGAGUCCGGGCGAAGAAGAUAUCCUGGAAGGUUCGCUGGUCCGCAAGCACGAGUGGGAAGCUACCACCAAGAAGGCGUCUAACAGGUCAUGGGAUAAGGUGUUCGUUGUGGUGCGAGGCUCGACGCUGUCGUUCUACAAGGACAGCAAGACCUACAAGGCAACCCCCGACCAAUACUUCAGAGGCGAGGCGCCCAUUGACCUCCUCAACGCCCAGGCGUCCGUGGCUGAUGACUACACCAAGAAGAAGAACGUCUUCCGCCUCAAGCUGGCGAACGGAGGCGAGUAUUUGUUCCAAGCUCGCGACGAGGAAGAACUGCACGGCUGGGCGGACGGCAUGCAGGCCGCUGCUGCUGGUGGUGAUGGCGGCGCUGCUGGCCGGUCAUCCCAGACUCUGCCCGCCGGUGCUGAGAAGAAAGACGAGCCUAAGAAGCGAGGCUUCUUUACUCUCAAGAAGAAAUAAGAAGGAAUGCCGGUGCUACUGUCCAGAGCUGUGAAGCCGUAACGAGACGACUCUGUGUAAUCGCAUAAGAGUCGCAACCUUCGCUCCUCGCUGCUUUGGAUGUAAAGAUCUACUGCCCCUUGAGCUGACAGAAAUAUAAGCUCGUUAGAACUGCUAUUACACUACCGUAUGUAUCAUUCUCUUAUGUCGGCCUUGUGAGCAUUCUCAUAGAUAUCAUUCUUCAAUGUUUCCAUUAUAAUGGAAGUCGUUCAUUUUCAACUAACUUCGGUAAAUAUCAAAGCCAGUGAACUAUAUGGCUCAUAUAUAUUAUUGUUACCAGGAGCCAAAAGGUCGUUAGUUUCUCUCCGGGUCUAGAGCAGUUCACUGCGCCCAGCAGUAAAUAGCGUUUUCGACGGGCUGAAGGAAGCAGGCAUUGUGAAUGUAUUGAAAGGAAUACUGUAUUCUUUUGUAUUCAUUGCGAUUUACGCAGUCACCUUUUAUCCUCCCUUUCUCUGUCCGGUUGUAUUCUUCCCUGUCGAUUAUUUUAGUGGUGUUUUAGAUCACUAUUUUCUAGUUUGUUUUUUACUGGGAUAGUAUUGGCUGUAUGAAUGUUGAGUGUUUUUUUUGUUUUUAGUGUCCGAACGAUUCACCGUUUUAUGCCUUCAGAUUUUCCUGAAAUUCAAAUUGGGAAUAAAUUUCUUAUCAAUGACGCAAAUCGGUAAUAUUUUAACUCGAAAUUUCGUGGUAUUACGAAUUGUCUUUGAUUAUGAGUUUGAUUUUAUCGUCCAUAGGAGGUCGCCACGCUAUGUAUCUAUGCAACCGAAGUGUGGUAUGAACUAAACAAGGAAACCAUCUUCUGCCACUGCUGAAAUUUGCUACAUUUAAAAGAUGUUUGCAUUUAUUACCUGCUUCUGAAUCCGUUAUUUUAUUUUUUGGAAGCUCAACCAGAAUAUUAAAUUUUUUUAUGUCUUUCACAUCUCACAGAUGCGUUACGUCAAUUUCCAGUAUAUAUAUUGACGCAUGAAACAUAGAUUUUAUCUAAUGAUUUUGAUUGCAUGCUAAGCGGUUCAGUUGAUGAUUCAUUUUAUAUCCCUGCCUUAAUAACCUGAGCAAAAUGUUAGUUAUAAACCUACUAGGAACGAUGUUGUUUUUGGUGUGAGUGCCCAGCCUCAUUUGCAAUGGUAUUCGUGCAUAGUAUAAACUUGUCUAAAAUUUGUAAUGCAUUUCUGAGUGGAAAUUACUUUAAAAUGAGCGGUAUUUUUUGUUAUGGUCGAGAAUUGAAAUUUAUUCCUAACUUUGUAUACUUUGUAUUGUUAAGAUUCUUGUUCCGUUUUUUGCAAUAGUUUUUUGCUUUUGUCAUAUUUUAAAUUUUUUUGAAAUUUGUAUAUUAUUCAUUGAAUUAUAGCAGUAUUUCAUCGAAAUAAUUCCUUUUGGUGUAUAUAAGCUGAUUGCCUGCCGCUGAUCCAUUUAGCUCCUUUGAAUUUAUCGACCUAUUUUCAAAUUAUUGUAAUUGCUGCAAUGCGAUCUGUAAUUAAUUUAAGGGUUAUUCGGUUCCAAUUCUUAUCACAUUAAUAUUCUUGUAUGGCAUCCAGUUUCAUGUUUUGAUAAAGAGCAAAAAAUGCAUUUUAUUCUGUGCUGCAAUUAUAGGUCGCCUAAUUCAUAAUCAAAUGACGGUGGUCGAGGGAGUUUGACUUAUGGUUCUACUACCAUCACUGCCACACACAAGCUCCACUCCUUUCUCGCCGUCAUCAUUAUUAAGACAUUUAUUGAAAUCGCGUGUGGAAACUAAAGAAAACGAGAUGUAGGGUCUGUGCAAUGAUAUUGAGGAAGCAAGACCUAGUCUCUCUUAAAGGAACCGAAAAAAUAAAUCUUAAGCUUCUCCUAAAAAGUAAUAAUACCAUCUCAGUGACAUUAGCUUUGGAGCAAUUAAAAUGUGACCGUAUGGAACUAAUUCAGAUUGUUUCCGAGCAAGUAAAUAAUUAUUAAUGAUCCUUACUUGCGCCUACUUAGUCAUUGAUUGCUCCUAGGUGUGAUGUGGGCGCCACUAGAUUUCGUACCAGAAUUAUUAGGAUGGUGUAUCGUUUUAGACGUCAUCGGGAUGCUUUUGUCUGCGCCAAGUUUUGAGUUUAGGGAGCUGUUCGAACAACAAUCGGUCCAUGUCUUGAUGUUACUUGUGUGCUGGAGAACUGCUAGAAUAUUAGCCCAAUAGAUAGAAAGCCUGACCAUUCAUAACCUAGAUUGGAUUUCUGUACAGUUCAGAGGUUUUUCCCGAGUUUAUGGUAAUCGCUUUAGCUUUAAUCUUUCCUAAGUAAUGUCCAUGGCUUCUGGUUAGGCGUUAAUGAUAUCAGUCUAUUAAUAUCUUUGAAGGGUGCACUCUAUUAUUAUUAUUUACUUUAUUUUAUAAUUAAAGAAUUCUCGCAUCGUAGGGUAUUGACCUUGAAUCGAUUUUAUGUGACAUCAUACAUGUUUAUAACAAGCAACCGCAGUGACGACGCUUCGACUAAGACGUCUCUCCAGCCCCGUCGUGUAUACCGUUAACGGUAGGAAUGUGUUUAUAGUUUCUUUAUCCAUAGUGGAAAACAAGAGACUUUUUAGUUGCCCUACAUUUUUGAGUCCUAUUUUUAUAAUUUGACCACUAAAGCAUAAUUGAAACCGGCGUUAACAUACAUUAAAUGCAAUUAUAAAGCAGAACGGAAAGUAAAAAUGAACUGGCAGUUGAAGUGUCUCUUGGUGCCACCUGCAAGUUGAUAUUCCCACUAACACCUCUGGCAAAUCAUUCUUGAAUUCCAUUAAAUUUAGUCUCAUUGAAAUAACUUUACAUCUUUUUGUCUUUGCUGAUUGUAUUAACAAUGAAUCAUUAGUUUGAUGUUAAUGAGUAGGAGUUUGACAUUGCUUUUUAUAUCUGAACUUUUCAAAGGCCGAAAAUUUUUCAUCGGUUCCCUGAUAGCGUGUUCAUGAUGCGCAACGGGCAGUAAUAAUUUUUUAUUGAGUUUCGCGAACAUCAAUGUAACCUUAAUAAUAUUUUCAGAGUUCUAUUUCUAUUUUAAUGUGUGUUACUAAAAUUCUCCUGAACUUUUAAGGCUAAAGGUAUGACUUUCAAGACUACAUGAAAAACACAUUCACAAUUUCGAACCUAUUUCCUAGAUGCGAGUUUUCCAAAUAUUCUAUUUCCACCCGCACCAUAAUUAUUUAUCAAAUUUAUUUCGUUCGCCUCUGACCGCAAGUGUCGUGCUUCUGAAAACGCUUUUUUUUUAGAUUUAGCUGGGGCGAUUGUUCUCGUUCUGUGCAUUUGUUUUCACAUCUAUUGUUCUGUUUAGACCUCGGGGUUUUAAAGAGGCAAACUAACACUUUCUAAAAAUGUUUUCAAAAAUUAUGAUGAAGAACACGUCACCAAUUGGUUGAUUACAUUUUUGAAUCGUUAAUAAGUACAGGAUAAAAGUCAAUCGCGUUCUUGUUUAUGAUUUGGAAAUAGUAGAAUGAUAUAUCCUAGGUUAAGAUAUAUUUUAAAUGAAGAUAUUAUUUCAGGACGCGAAUGCACGGAACGAGAUAAAUUGCGUGUCUUAGUCCUAUUGUGAAUUGGAUAUUUUAGCUGCAUUACACUACUUUCGUCACUCUCGAAUAAAGCGGUGAUGCUGUCG